AAGCUUGGUAGAAACAACUGGUGUUGCUAGACAAAUACCUCUUAACUUCACUGAGGAAGAAAUAAAAGAAAAUAUCAUUUCAGAUAUUCCUGUGACAGCUAUCUCAAGAAUUACCAGAAGAGAUCCCAAUGACAAAGAGAAGUUCAUUCCAACUCUCUCUGUGAAAAUAAGUUUUGAAGGCAACGAACUACCAGAAACCAUAGACAUUUUUUGCGUAAAAAUCAAAAUGGUUCACUACAUUCCUAGAGUUAGGCAUUGUUACAACUGCGGCAGACUAGGGCACACAAAAAUGGCCUGCAGAGCAGCCAACAGAUGCAUUAUCUGUGGCAAGGCAGAGGGCUGUAGUAGUAAAUGCAAUGAAACCACAAAUUCGUGCAUACUAUGCGGAGGGGAUAAUCACAAUUCACUCGAGAGCAGGAAAUGUUCAAAAUGGGCUAGAGAAAAACAGGUGGUCGAAAUUAUGACAAUAAAAAAAGUAUCUAAGUCUGAGGCGAUUGGGAUGUACAAUUUAAACAAUAAUAACCGUUUCUCAGCUCUAGAAAACUAUGAGGGAAAUUUUCCACAGUUAGAAGCAAAAAGUACAGCAAGGAUCAACAAUGAUGAAACAGUAAAUAGAAAACUCACUACAUAUAAAUACAAUUAUGUAGUUAGAAAUCAUCAAACCCACACAACAGCUACACCUAACCAUUCCAAAAUCUUGCCGAAAGCUACAACCAAAACACAACCCGUCUAUGAAAUGCCGAAUUGGUCCAAGGUCACAGAGAUUGAAAAGCUUGUAAAUCUCCUUAUAAAAAGGUACGACAUUGACGUUAAUGACCCCUUGGUUAACCUAAUUCGCAAUAUAGGCGCAGUACACAUUGAAGACAAAACUCCAAGUAACAAAGAUGACAAGUCCAAUAAAAAUAUUACAAUAUAACGUACAAAGCCUUAAAAUCUGCCUCCAGGAAAUUUUUUCGCAUGACAACCAUACAACUCAACACAAUUUAAUGAACUUCAACUUACUCAGAAAGACUAGAAUCGAUGGAUAUGGUGGCGUAGGAAUCGGAUUUAAAAAAGUACUUUUUCUUAACAAUCAUGAAAACGUUAUUAUAGCAGGAGACCUCAACGCUAGGCAUCUAGUGUGGGGAGACAGAAUAUGCAACACCAAAGGAAAAAUAGUUGUUGACGAAAUCAGGAACACCAAUCUACAGUGCAUCAACAGUGGAGCAAUCACUCACCGCACCGGUAACAGUGCAGGAACGGCAAUUGACAUAACUCUGACCAACAUUAACAGCAGUUACACAAAAUGGCACUGUCAACAAGUCCAUUUGGGAGGCAGUAAGCAUUUCCCCAUCAUCGUUGAGGUCACCAAUAGCAGCAAAAAGCCCAACUAUUUCAUCCCCAAGGAACGACUCGCCCAGGAACUUGCUCAGUUAAAAUUCUCUGACUUAGAAAACAUCACGACAGAAAUAGACAGCGUUAGGAACAGGAUUAAAAUUGACUUGAACACAUCCAGGCGUACCCCUAAAAACUGGUGGAGUGAUGACCUCAAAAAACUGUACAGAUUACAUGUCGCUAAACGCAAAAAAGCUAAUCAUACUAACAAUGUUGAAGACAUGGAAGCCUCAAUUAUAGCAACUAGUGACUGGAAAGAAGCGGUGAAGGCGGCAAAGAAAGCGAGCUACAACAGUAAAAUUGAGGAGAUAAACACUUGCCCCAACUCGACACAGGCUUGGAAAUUCAUAAGAAAUGUCAAAGGCAAUAAGCGCGCGUCUCACAAUUGGGCAGCUGAAGAUGACCGAAACUACUUAGAACUGAUAAGGAAUCAAGCUCAACAAGCCAGCAACCCUUGUAAUGUCAUCACUCCAACCACCGCUGCAUCAGUAAAUGCCAACAACAGCGUUGACUUUUCAUACAGCAGAUUCGAAAAUUUAUUAGCAAGAAAAAAAAUCUACUGCUGGGGGUUUCGACAGAAUUACGUUUAAUACAUUAAAGCAAUUGUCCACUGAGUCCAAACAGUCGUUAUUAGACGCCCUAAAAGAACAUUUUUACAGCAACAGGGUCCUAGACGCAUGGAGACAAAUAAAGGUAAUUCCAAUACCGAAAGCAAACAAAAACACUGAGGACAUAAAUAACUUUAGACCCAUUUCACUCAUAUCUGUCGUAGUAAAGAGCAUUAAUAUGAUGGUGAAAGAAUCGCUGAACGAGUUCCUGGAGACAAGCAAUAGACUUCCCAAGAAGAGCUACGCCUAUCGAAAAAUGAGAUCAGCAACAAUGUGCAUUAACGAAAUGCUACACCUUAUAGCAGAUAGAAAGAAAUGUAGGGAAUAUGCUAUGAUUUGUUUCUUAGAUAUGUCGGACGCCUAUAAUAGAGUAGAUCUUGUUUCACUUCAUAAUAUUCUUCUACAAUGCAACAUUGACCCAACAAUUGCAAACUGGAUUAACAACUAUUUUUCUAAAAGACAUCUGACCCUAGGUAAUCACACUGUUGAGGUAAACUCUGGCCUACCUCAAGGUAGCUGCCUUUCCCCAACGCUAUUCAAUAUUUAUACAGCCCAA